UGUCAGCUAGUUAUUUGUGGGGAGGCGCUGUAGCCAUUUCGCCACAUGAAAGCACGAUGCGCUGAACGACCAACAUCCGAGUUGCUCGUGGAGAAGAGAAAUCAGCUUUGAGGAGCUCCGCGCGUUCACGCACAAAGACGCACGGCGCACGUACACGUACACGUACACUUCCUCCUCCUCCACUGUGGAAAAACAGAGAGAGGAACAGAGCGGGCACUCGAAAGGCAAACUUCAGCUCUCCCAUGUGGAAGGCAGAGGUUUGAGGAUAAGGUAGAUCUUUUCCUCUCCCCGGGCUCCUUUCAUUCCCCCCUUUCUCCCUCUCUUCCUCCCUCUCUUUCUUUAACUGUUUUUUGGCCGAAGAGUUGUGUUUCUAUGAGAGUCUUUCUUGGCGAGAAGAGAAGUUUGGUUGUUUGCCUGGUCGGCUUGAGGAGGAGGAGGAGGAGGAGGAGGUGAAGAGUCGGCUUAAAAGUGGGGGAAGAUGAUCCGCAACGCCGCUUGGAGAAGAAGCUUUCUGUGCGUCCUGGCGCUGUGUCUCAGCUAUGCGUGUCCGCCGUGCAACGCUCGGAUUUACACCAACCACUGGGCAGUGAGGAUAGCCGGCGGACCCGACGUGGCCGAGCGGAUAGCGGAUAAAUACGGCUAUAGGAACAUGGGACAGAUUGGGGAUCUCAAAGACCACUAUCACUUCUUCCAUAGCCGGACCAUCAAGAGGUCGGCUUUGUCAAGCCGUGGUCGCCAUAGUUUCAUUUCCAUGGAGCCCAAGGUUGAGUGGAUUCAGCAGCAGGUGGUGAAGAGGAGGAUCAAGAGGGAUUACAAGCCAUCCCCGCCCCUUUCUCUGACUAGUCCCGCCCACAGCUAUCCGGUCCAGAACAACAUAUUCUAUAAUGACGCCAAGUGGAGUAGCAUGUGGUAUAUUCACUGUAACGACGACGUCCAUAACUGUCAGUCGGACAUGAACAUCAUGGGGGCGUGGAAGAGGGGUUACACGGGUAAAGACGUGGUGGUGACCAUCCUAGAUGACGGCAUCGAGAGGAACCACCCAGACCUCUUUCAGAACUACGACCCUCAAGCCAGCUUUGAUGUCAACGGUAACGAUAUGGAUCCCAUGCCUCGAUAUGACGCAACCAAUGAGAACAAACACGGGACACGGUGUGCGGGCGAAGUUGCCGCAGCCGCAAACAACUCCCACUGCAUUGUGGGGAUUGCCUACAAUGCCAGAAUAGGAGGUGUGCGAAUGCUGGAUGGCGAUGUAACAGACAUGGUGGAGGCAAAGUCUCUGAGCCUCCAGCCGCAGCACAUUGACAUCUACAGUGCCAGCUGGGGACCUGAUGAUGACGGGAAGACCGUGGAUGGACCAGCGUCUCUGGCCAGGCAGGCCUUCGAGAAUGGCAUCCGCAUGGGGAGGAAGGGUCGUGGCUCUAUAUUUGUGUGGGCUUCAGGAAACGGCGGGCGUAGCAGAGACCACUGCUCCUGCGACGGCUACACCAACUCCAUCUACACCAUCUCCAUCUCCAGCACAGCUGAGAGCGGACGCAAGCCAUGGUACCUGGAGGAAUGUUCGUCCACACUGACCACCACCUACAGCAGCGGGGAGAACUACGACCGAAAGAUUAUCACAACAGACCUGAGACAUCGAUGUACAGACAGUCACACAGGAACUUCGGCCUCGGCUCCCAUGGCUGCUGCAAUUAUUGCUCUGGCCCUGGAGGCAAACCCUCUUCUAUCAUGGAGAGAUGUUCAGCACAUAAUAGUAAAGACCUCAAGAGCCGGACAUCUCAGCGCCCCUGACUGGAAGACCAAUGCUGCUGGUUACAAUGUCAGCCACCUUUAUGGAUUUGGUCUGAUGGAUGCUGAGGCGAUGGUGAAGGAGGCGGAGAGAUGGAAGCAAGUCCCUACUCAGCAUGUCUGUGUGGAGAGCGCAGACCGACAAAUAAGAACUAUCCGUCCAGAGCAUGUGGUCCGGUCAGUGUACAAGGCAACAGGAUGCACUGACAACCCAAACCACCAUGUGAUCUACCUGGAGCACGUGGUCGUACGUAUUACAAUCACACACCCUCGCCGUGGGGACCUGUCAAUCAAUCUGACCUCACCCUCAGGGACCAAGUCUCAACUGCUUGCCAACAGGUUGUUUGAUCACUCCAUGGAGGGUUUUAAGAACUGGGAGUUUAUGACCACCCACUGCUGGGGAGAGAAGGCAGCAGGCGACUGGGUCCUAGAGAUCUAUGAUUCACCUUCUCAACUCCGCAGCCAGAAAGUACCAGGCAAGCUGAAAGAGUGGUCAUUGGUGCUCUAUGGCACCUCUGUGCACCCGUACUCAUCUCUGCGUAGCGAUAAGCCCCGCUCCACGGACAUGCUGACGCCCACCGAUGAGGAAUUCACAGAGGAGUACAACGGCCCAUGUGACUCUGAAUGCAAUGAGAACGGCUGUGAAGGUCCUGGACCCCAUCACUGCAACAACUGCCUCCACUACUUCCUCAAGUUCAAGAACAACACCAGGAUGUGCGUGUCGGAGUGCCCCAGUGGCUUUUUCCGUGAUGAUAGGAAGCGCUGCAAGAAAUGCUCCUCGUUGUGUGAGACCUGCGUUGGUAGCCGUAGCGACCAGUGCACCACAUGCAGGACGGGUUUCCACCUCAAUGAGGGUUCCAACACGUGUGGCACCAACUGUGGUGAAGGCUUCUACCUCGACCAGGAUUCCAACAUUUGCCGGAGAUGUCCGGAGAACUGUAAGAAGUGCACCACCUCCAACAUCUGCACAGAAUGUAAACCUGGGAUGAGUCUUCAAGGAAACAAAUGUCAGAUGACCUGUGACCCAGGGACUUAUUACAAUGGCCACAGAAGAAAUUGUGAGCCCUGUCAUCGGGCUUGUGCCACCUGUGCAGGCACUGGUAUAGAGGCUUGCACAAAGUGUGCAGAUGGCUACUUACUUGAGGACUGGCGGUGUGUGUCAACAUGCAGCACUGGCUACUACCUGUCCGAGCAGACCUCAGACAACGGGCAGGUGCAGAGGUCCUGUAAGAAGUGUGACCAUAGCUGCUACGAGUGCUCGGGGCCGGGUGAAAGGAACUGCAGCAGCUGUGUCAGUGGUUACAAUCUGGAGGCAGGAGCCUGUGUGGUCAGCACCAUCUGCAAAGAUGCAAAUGAAGAAUCUUGGGCGGAGGGCAGUUUCUGCGUGCUCGUUAAAAAGAACAAUCUUUGCCAGAGGAAAGUGCUGCAGCAACUGUGCUGCAGAACGUGCUCGCAAAAGGGUUGAUGGGACGUACUCAAUGGGCAUAAAGGGAGUGCAGGGGGUAUGUGGGGGCACAGGGGGCACCCCUCCUUCUCAACCCCCCCUGCUCACUCAUUCACAGUCACAUAAUUUAUAAGAGAAUCUGUGCCUCUUAAAGGAACUGCAUCGGAGGUGCGAUGACAGGACUACAACAAACCUACCUUUUUUUCUGUACUGGGACACACGUGGUCAGGGUGUUAAAUGACUGGGACUUAUUUCAAGAACAAACAAGCAAAUGAAAACAAACAAAAGAAUAAAAGUGUCGGUAUUUUGUGACCAAAGCAUCGAUGCCAAAAUAAUUGAACCUUCUUUUUUGUUGCCAGUGUAGGAAGCAUAGUUUAAAACAGGAGCCACUCAGCCUGUGAAUCUCUGAAUACGUCUGUGUGCAUUUUUAUUUUGGCUCCUCUUCCUCCUCUCUUUCCAGUGUUAAAAAUAAACAGAUGGAAAGUGAAUAUACAGUUGGAAAGGCCAUGGCUUUUUUUGCCUGUAAAUAUACGUCAAAGAAAAAAAAAAAAAAAAGAAGCUCACUCAGUAAUGUGAAAAUAAUGUCUGUCUGGGCUGACUUUGGCUGCGUAGGGGAAGGAAGACAAAUUCCCACACACAGUUAUAUACACAUACACAUACACACAAAGAAACAUAUGUACCACACACAUAGACUAAUUAACUUUAACUGAGACACAUAAAUCAGCCAACACAUAAAGUUAGAUACUAUAGUGUAAACGUAUCCCAAGACUGAUGCUCGUUACUAACCAAAAUCACAUAAUUUCAUUUAUUUAAAAACAUAAACCUGCCCUCUGAAAAGUGUGUGUGUUUGUCUUUAUUGGUGUGCGUAGGAGAAUGCCAUUAAUUCUUAAUGUAAGCCCAGACAGCAUUGAUUCAUUCCAGAGGUACUAGAAGACAAGUCGAUAGUCAUUCCUUCCGGAGCUUUCUGCAGGGAAGGAAACGCUGCAGUGAGGUAUAAUGAAUUUCUGGUACUAGGGAUGCACCAAUGCCCAUUUUUCACUCAUGAUGCAGAUUCUGGAUUCUAAACUUUUGCCCAAAACUGAUUAUUGAUUAUUGUGACAGAACAAUUAAAACUUUGUUGUCACUAGAUAAAAUGAUUAAAAUAUAAGUCAUAUUUGUUACAGGGAACUUCAAUUCUUCUAUGUGUUUUUGGUCUCCACAUGCCGAAUGUAACCCUGAUAAAGGGAAUUUUAUUUGAUAUGUAUUGGUGCAUCCCUACAUGUUAGUUCUCAAAUAAAGUCUCUACUCUUCGUCAUUCCAUUAUGAUGGCAAUGCAUAUCGGCUGAAGUAUUGCUCUACACUUUCAACACAGAAGGUCAAUGAUUGCCGCAGAAAAUAUUCUGUCAUUAUCAUGUUUCAUCUUCAGGUAAAGGUUUCCGACAGACAGACGGACAGAUAACUGCUGUGAUGCAAAUCAGAGCAGUGGCAGAUUCACUUUCAGUUACUUCAGAAAAGGGAUUUGGUUGAAAAUGUAGAUAUUGAAAUAUAUUUGGGAGCAGAAAUGUAUGUUCAUUCGACCCAAGAAAAUCUUAAAACAAACAAGUUAAUCCAUUUUUCUUGUUUACAUUAUAUCUGUUUGAACUGAAAAUGAACUGACAGCAUCAAUGCAGAACCAGGAAUGUGUCUGAAAUGUUAAAUCAUAUUGAGCCACAACUGUACUCCAGUUCAGGCAAACAGACUUCAGAUGUUUGUUUUCUCCUCCUGUCUCUCCGUGAACCUUGCCUGAUGAAACUAGAAGGUUAUUCUGGUGGUGCUAGUUUCUAAUAAAGAACAGCAAAUAUAAUGUUUAAGAAUCUUAUUCUAAUUGUGUGGGUUUUCACACCUGCAGUUUGAGCAUUUACAGUAUUAGAUGAAUUGUUGUACUGUCAACUGGUUAUGGUUCCUGAUGAUUUGUAAUAAAGAUUGAUGACUCCCCUGUUUUGGUUAACAAAAACUUAUUCUUGGUCAUUGUUUAAGAUGACUUGAAGUGACUUUAGUUUGUGUGGUAGUAGACACAAACACACACAUACACACACAUACAUACACACACACCCACCCCGUAUAAAAGCUGUUUUUAUUGUGUACCUGUGACAUAUCUGUGACAAUGCAUUAUUAAUGUUACUCAAAGUCCUAGUUUUGAAAAUCUUUUUUACUUAAGUGUUCUUAUUAAAAUGUUUAAUCUGUU